AUGGUUUUUGCUAAUUUUUCACAAGAGGAUAAGGAGGCAUUCUUUGAGCUGUUGGAUGAGUAUUUUGAGAGCAGACCUGGGUUGUUUAGCGGACAAAAGCCAAAGCCAAAACCUGGAGUAUCGCACCAGCCAAAGCAAGAACAGGUUGUAGGGCUAUAUGAUUAUAAUGGGACCACAGGUGAAGAUUUAACCUUCAGAUGUGGUGAUAGAAUGUCAGUGAUUGAUAAACCCAGUGGGGAUUGGUGGAACUGCAACUUGAAUGGCAGAAUUGCUUUGUACGACACCCACCACACUUAUCAAAUAUAUCAAAUGCUCCGUCUUAAAGUUAAAUACAAAAAUGAGAAAUAUUUGAUAAAUUUCACUUCAGACAAUCUCAACUAUGUAAAGGAAUUUCUGUGCGAGUUCUUUGAUAUUGAUUGGUCCAUUUCCCUCUAUCUCGAUGGCUUUAAAGUUACUCAGGGAAGUUUGAAGGAUGAUGAUAUUGUCGAUGUUGUUGCAUUAUCUAAUAAGAGACGUAGAAAGGUCUCUGAUGGUGAUUCACAGUUGUCUUCUCAGUCUGAGUCUGAGUCUAGCAGCACCAGUGAGGAAACCCCUAAAGAAGCCAAAAAACAUACAAGUCACCCUGAAUUCACCCAUCCUACCCCACCUCACUCUGGCUCUACCCAUACUCACAAAAGAAACGCGAGAAAUAAGAAAAAGCUGAAAUUUUUCAAGCUAGAAAAUAACAGAGCCAUUCCAUACACCUCCCUACCAACAAACAGGAUACCCAAGAACAUCAAACUCACUUCAAUUGACGUUGAAGACAAGAAUUUCGAGCCUGGAAAUAACACAAUGCACGUCGAUUGGCGUGGGGAUCGAGGCGAGCAGGAGGAGCAGGAGGAGCAAGAGAUGGAUUAUGGCCAUCAUGAUCAACAAGAUGAGUACCAGGACUACCAUGCUGAUGCCGAACAGUCAUACAUGGACUCAACUACUGCAACUACAAGUGGUUAUAGAAUUGAUGACCUCCAAGAGAUACUCAACUGCAGAUCCAAUCAACCAGCAACAAGUGCUAUCUUAUCUCUAUCACCAUCCCAUCUGCUCGCUGUUGAACAUUUCAAAUCAGUAGCUAGUGAAAAAAUGCAUCACGGUGAGACACUAACAGAAAUACCUCCAGUUGGAUCGUUCGUGGCGUAUAAAGAACUCCAACUCAAUAGCAAAAAUGUACCUGAGUUGGAAAUGAUGAUUGCCAAGGUGCACAGCGUGGAGGAGGGUGUAGUAUUGUUGCAACGUGUUUACUACACUGAGCACAUGAUAACAGAGAUAGAAGAUGAAGAGGGAUUGAAUGUUGAGCAGCUAGUCAUACCAAUAUUCUUUGAAACGCUGCAACAAUCUAACGGCGUACAACUAUAG